AUGUUGCUGCUGGGGGAGGCGUUGGGACCCCCCCACACGCUCCCCUACCCAAGGCUGGCCCAGGAAGAGGAGGGUCCCCGGGUCCCCACCGUCACGCAGGGAGGGGGCCUGGACUUGGGGCUAAUCCCGACCGCGCAUCCGCUUCUCCCUCGGCAGGCAGGAAAACCGGGAAACCCCCCAGAAUCCCGGGAAAGGGCUUGGGAGAGCGGCGAGAGGGGAGCCGAAGGCUCGCCGGACCCCCUCGGGCAGCAGCCCAUGAGCGAAGCGGAACCGCCUGGGGCUGAGGAGGAGAACCACAUCCUGCAGCAGGAGCUGGCACGCGUGGAGGACCUGCUGGCACAGAGCCGCGCCGAGCGCGAUGAGCUGGCCAUCAAGUACAGCGCCCUCAGCGAGCGGCUGGAGCAGAGCCUGCGGCUGGAGGCAGGCGAGCAGGAGGCGGCGGAGAGCCGGAGCCUGGCGCAGCACAACAUCGAACUGCGGCGGCUGCUGGAGGAGGAGCAAGCUGCCUACAAGCGCAAGCUGCAGGCCUACCAGGAGGGCCAGCAGCGCCAGGCUCAGCUAGUGCAGAAGCUCCAAGCCAAGGUGUUGCAGUAUAAGAAGAAAUGCGGCGAGGUGGAGCAGCAGCUGCUGGAGAAGGAGACAGAGCUGGAGCAGGAGAGGCUGACGGGCCAGCUGGAUGUGAGCAGCUCGCAGCCCGACGAGGAGAGCAGCAACGAGCUGGAGAAUGCAUUGAUCCGGCUGGAGGAGGAGCAGCAGAGGAGCAGCAGCCUGGUGCAGGUGAACUCGAUGCUGAGGGAGCAGCUGGAGCAAGCCAACGCGGCCAACGCGGCGCUGAGCGAGGACAUUCGCAAGCUGACCGCGGACUGGGCGCGGGCGCGGGACGAGCUGCAGCAGCGAGAAGUGGAGUGGAGGCGUGAGGAGGAGUCCUUCAACACCUACUUCAGCAACGAGCACAGCCGGCUCCUGACCCUCUGGAGGCAGGUGGUGGCCUUCAGGCGGCACUUUGGCGACAUGAAAGCCACCACUGAGAGGGAUCUGUCGGAGCUGAGCCACGAGGUGUCGCGGGCCGGCAGGGCUGCCCACGCUGCCUGCCUGCACCUGGCUGCCAACCUGCGGCUGGCGGAGAGCCAGGCAGGAGCCGCUCGGGAGCAGCAGAGGAUGCGGCUGGCACAGCUGGAGGAGAGGGCACAGGAUGCAGACAGGGAGAAAGCUGCCCUCGGAGACAGGUUGACAGAGGUGGUGGUGGCCCUGGAGCGGCUGCGGGGUGAGGAUGAGGAGAAGGAGCGGACGGUGGAGACGCUGAGGCUGCAGCUGCAGCAGCUGGAGGCCUCACGUGCCCAGGACCCAGCACCAGCAGAGGUGGAGGCUCUACGCUCAGAGCUGGAGCUGCUCCGUCGGACACUGCAGGACAUCACCCAGGAGGUGCUGGCUGAGGACCCUGAGUCCCCUCUCUUGCCCUCAGUGUCCCCUCCAUGUCCCCCCACAUCCCCUCAGCACUGUGCCACCACCAUCCACGCUGCCCUGCGCCGCCGCCGCCUCCAGCUGCAGGAUGCCCGGAGCCAGGCAGAUGCCAGCCGGAAGGUGGCUGAAGGCCUUCAGCGGGAGCUUGGGGACAGCAAGCAGCAGCUGGGGACCCUGGAGCGGAGGCUGCAGGAGCUCAGUGCUGAGGCCGAAGGCUCCCGGAGGGCGCAGGAUGAGGCCCUGUGCGAGGUGGCUCGGCUGCAGGUGGAGGCUGAGGGCCUGCGCAGGGAGCAGCUGCGGGCAGAGGCAGCACUGGCAGCAGAGCAGCAGCGUGCAGGUGCCCUGCAGCAGGAGCGAGCACAGCUGCAGCGCCAGGCUGAGGGGCUGGAGGAUGCCUGUGCCGAGGCCACCCGCACUGCCGAGGCCACCCAGCAGCAGCUGCAGCACAGCCAGCAGCAGGUGGAGGAGCUGGAGGCGCAGAGGGCUGCGGCGCAGCAGGAGCUGCUGGAGGCACGGGAGGCGCUGAGCAGGGCGGCGCUGGAGGCAGAGGUGGCUCGGGGGGAGCAGGAGGCUCUGGCUGAGGCGCUGGCAAAGGCGCAGGGGAGCUGCGGGGAGCUGGCGGCGGCGCAGAGGGCGGCGGCGGCCGAGGAGGGUCGGCUGCGGGACGCCCUGGCCAAGACGAGCGAGCUGGCGGCAGGCCUGGCCCGGGACAAGGCGGAGCUGAGCCGCAGCCUGGAGCGGCUGGAGGAGGAGCGGGAGCGGGGCCGCGGCCGCACCCGGCAGCUGCUGCAGGAGCUGGGCCGGCUGCGGGCGCAGCUGGAGCGGGGCCGCGGCCUCGGCGCUGCAGGGCUGCAGGGGCUGGAGAGGGCUCGCAGGGAGGCCGAGGAGGGCAGGCAGGGGCUGCGCACCGAGCUGCGGGCACUGCGCGGCCAGCACCAGCGUCUGCGCCAGCACCUGGGCCAGGCGGUGCAGGAGCAGGGUGCAGCGGGCGAGGCGCUGGCACAGGCGCGGGCGGAGCAGGAGCGGCUGCGGGCGGAGCUGCUGCGGCUGAGCCGUGCCCGCCAGGGGCUGGCCAAGGAAGGUGCCAGCCUGACCGUCCAGCUUGCUGCCGCCCAGCGCCACGGCCAGGAUCAGGCCCAGGAGGUGGCCAGGCUCAGGUCGGAGAAGGAGGGCUUGGAGGGCAGCAUCUUCCAGCUGCAGCAGCAAGUGGAACAGCUGGAUGCCCGCAACCAGCAGCUGGAGGCCGAGGGCCGGACCCAGCUUCAGGCCAAGGAGGCGCUGGAGGGGGAGCUGGCUGCGGCGCGGCGGCAGCAGGAGCAGGAGCGGCAGGGGGCGCUGCAGGCGCGGCGGCAGGCGGUGGCGGCGGCAGAGGCGGCGGCGGUGGCGCUGACCCUGCAGAGCACCCGCGACAGCCACCGCCGGGAGCUGGGCAGCCUCCAGCGCCAGAAGGAGGAGCUGGAGGCUGACCGGGGCCGGCUGGCGCUGGAGCAGGAGGCGCUGGCAGCGGAGUUGGCAGCGCUGCGGCGGCAGCGCGAGAGCGAGAAGCAGCAGGCCCUGGUGCUGCAGGAGGAGGAGCGAGCGGCCAUGGCCCAGACGCUGGCAGGGCUGCAGCAGAGCCUGGCCCAGGCCACGGCCGAGCUGGAGCAGCAGCGACGAGAGGUCACUGGGCACCAGGAGAAGGAGCAGAGCCUGGCAGCAGAGGUGCACAGCCUGCGGCUGCAGGCACAGGAGGCAGCAGCAGCGCAGGAGCAGGAGGCCAAGGCCCUGCGGGACCAGGCCACGGCGGUGGCGCAGCAGCGGGACAGUGCCCUCCGGGAGGCGGAGGCGGCGCGGGCGCAGCUGCGGCUGGUGUGGGAGUGCCGGGCGGCGGGACGCAGGGAGCUGCUGGAAGCCCAGCGGGAGGCCAGGCGGAGCCGGGAAGGGUGGGAAGCGCAGCGCCGGCAGGCCCAGGAGGCACGGAGGGCCCUGGGGGAUGAGGCCAGGGAGAAGGAGACCCUCAGGCGCUCCAAUGAGGAGCUGCGGGCGGCGCUGCGGCGAGCAGAGGGACAACGCAUCAGCCUGAAGCGUGCCAGUGAGGAGAAGGAGCAGCAGCUGGCACUGCUGGAGGAUGGGCGGCUGGCAGCAGACAGGGAGGUGGCAGAGCUUCGAAGCACCCUGCGGGAGGUGGAGCGUGCCAGGCUCGAUGCCCGCCGCGAGCUGCAGGAGCUGCGCCGCCAGGUGAAGGACCUGGGCAGUGAGAACAGCAAGAGGAGCAAGGAGCUGGGGGAGCUACAGGCCAGAGUGGCCCUGGAGGAGCAGCGUGAGGAGGAGAGCCGCAGGGAAGCCUUCGGCCUCAGGCAGAAGGUGGUGGAGAGCGAGGCUGGCGUGGAGGCUGCCAGGAAGGAGCUCCAGCGCCUGCAGCGGCGGCUGGCGGAGGCGGAGGGCGAGUUCCGGCAGCGGGAGAAGGACCUGGCCCGCAGCUUGGAGGAGGCUCGGGGCAACGAGAAGAAGCUGCUGGCCGACGCCCGCAACCUGCAGCUGAAGGUGGAGGCGGCGCGGGAGGAGGCGGCGGAGCUGAGCCUGCGGCUGAGCGCGGCCGAGGGCAGGGCGCAGGGGCUGGAGGCGGAGCUGGCCCGCGGCGAGGCGCUGCGCCGGGCGGCAGAGACCCGCCUGGGGGGCAUCCAGUCCGCCCUGCGCCGCACCAUGGGCAUCGGCCGCCCGCAGGCAGCCUCCCCCAGCAAGGGUGGGGGCCCCGAGGGCUCGGGGAGCCCCAGCUCAGCCCCAGACCCCGAGGCCACGAGCGAGCCCGAGGUGGUGCGGGCAGCCCUGAGGGAUUUCCUGCGGGAGCUGCAGGAUGCCCAGCGGGAGCGGGAGGAGCUGCGGGUGCAGGUGGGCAGCCUGGGCCGGCAGCUGGCAGAGGUGGAGGAGGAGCGGGACAGUGCCAGCAGCCGGGCACAGCAGCUCCAGAAGCUGCUGGCUGACAGCAAGGAAGGUAAGGGGGAGCUGAGCAGCAGCCAGGCCUCGCUGCUGCUGCAGGAGGAGAGGCUGCGGCGCGGCGAGCAGGAGCGGAGGACGCUGCAGGACAAGGUGGCGGCGCUGGAACGGAGCCUGCAGCACGCUGAGGGCGAGCGGAGAGCUGCCCAGGAGAAGCUGAGCGCAGUGCGAGCCAGCGAGGCCGAGCUGCAGGAUGCCAAGCGGCGACUGGAGGUGGCGGAGAGCCGCAGCUGCCGCCUGGAGCUGCAGCAGAGGGUGCUGGAGGGAGAGCUGCAGCGGGCACGGACGGCACUGGGUGAGCGGCAGGCAGAGGCGCGGGCGAUGCAAGACAGAGCUGAGCUGCUCCAGAAACAGGUAAUGGCACCAAGCCCUCUGAGUGGCCCAGGGAGCGCGGCGCCGGCCGGGGGCGGCUCCAAGGGCGAUGCUCUGAGCUCGGCGGUGCCGGCGGCUGAUGGCCACCACCGGCUGCUGCAGCUCCAGAGCGCCCUGACCGCCGGCGAGCAAGACCGCCGGGUGCUGCAGGAGGGGCUGGACGUGGCCCGACGGGCGCUGGCGGAGGCGCGGGAGGAGAAGGCAGCGCUGCGGGAGCAGCUGCAGGCGCUGCGGGGGGAGCAGGAGGACCUGCAGCGCAGCAAGGACGAGCUGGAGGCGCAGGGUCGGCAGCAGCAGGAGCAGCAGGUGCUGAGCCUGCAGCGGGCACUGGCACGGGUGCAGGGCGAGCAGAGGGCAGCCCAGCGCCAGGCCCUACGCCUGGAGAAGGACCACAGCGCCCUCAGGAGCCCCCUGGGCAAGGUGGAGCAGAAGCUGGGGACGCAGGAGGCCUCACAGCAGCUCUCAGCCCAGCACCAGCAGCUCGGCCGCUCGCUGGCCACCACCCAACAGGAGCUGGCCCAGGCCCAGCACCGCGUCCAGCUGCUGCAGGCGCGGGUGGCAGCGCUGGAGCACUCAGCACCGCUGGAGCACUCAGCACCGCCCGGGCCAGGAGCCGGCCCGGAGCUGCCGCGGCUGAGCCUCGCCCAGCCCCCAGCCCAGCGCAGCCUGCAGGAGCGGAUCGCACUGCUGAAGGGGUCGGAGCUGCAGCCUCACCCCAGCAGCAUCUAG